CACGAGAAUUUUGAAUUAAUAAAAACAAAAUUAAGAAAGGAGAGAGAACAAACAAAAAAAGUCUUCUCUAUCUUUGUUCUUGCCUUUAACAUCAACAACAAAAAGAAAAACUGAAUUAUCGAAGGAAAGAUCUGAAAGAGAAUGGCAACUUUUGCAGGGACUACCCAGAAAUGCAAGGCUUGUGAAAAAACUGUUUACUUGGUUGACCAGCUUACUGCUGACAACAAAGUUUAUCAUAAAGCUUGCUUCAGGUGCCACCAUUGCAAGGGUACCCUUAAGCUAAGUAAUUAUAGCUCCUUUGAGGGUGUCUUGUAUUGCAAGCCUCACUUUGAUCAACUAUUUAAGAUGACUGGCAGCUUGGAUAAAAGUUUUGAAGGAACUCCUAAAACCGUUAGGGUAGACCGAUCAGCUGACCAGGUCACCAACAGCAAAUUUUCGGGCUUGUUUGCCGGAACUCAAGAGAAAUGUGUUGCUUGCAAGAAAACUGUGUACCCGAUUGAAAAGGUGGCGGUUGAUGGCACUUCAUAUCACAAGGCUUGUUUCAGAUGCACGCAUGGAGGUUGUGUUAUCAGCCCGUCAAACUACGUUGCGCAUGAACAUCGUCUAUACUGUAGGCAUCACCACAAUCAACUGUUCAAACAGAAGGGUAACUUCAGCCAACUCGGCAAGCACGAAGAAGCUAAAGGGGUGACUGAGAACACUGUGGCCUAAGGAUCCUGUCUUCAAGCAUGAAUCGGUUUCAACUUGUGAAGCAUACAAAGUGCUAUUAUUGUGUUAAUCCUAUUAUAUGUAUUUGUCAUCGGAGAUAAACAUUCAGCUGAAGAGUUUGAGUUUAUUGAUAUAAUUUUUUUUUUGUGAUCUUUUUGAAUUGAUGCAUUUGAGUACAAAAUUGGUGUUGAUUCGUGUAUGGUCCAAAGAAUAAUCGGAUUGAUUUAUGGAAUGCAACACAUAUCAUGUUAAGCAA